AUGUCAAUGCCUCUUUCUCCACCUUACACACCUCUCACAGAAUCUUCUUCCCCCGUCCUGCCAGCCAAAGACAGAUUCCCCUCUGUUCCGAGACUUCAUAAACCUCGGGAUUUACUCACACCUCCUCAAACUCCCGAAGCUGAGAAAUUUGAUCAUCAAGUUGUCACUAACCGAUUCGAACGAUUAAGUUUCGGUCCGGAUCAAGGAAGGAGAUUGAGUGAUAAUGAACUAUCAUAUUAUCUAACUUCAAGAGGUGAUGGAGUGAACGACAUGUAUGUUCAUCAUCGAUUAAACGCUUCUUCAACGCAUAUGUCACCUUCACGAAUACUUCAUAUAUUCGCAUAUCAACUUCUCUUGCACCCUUUGGUCGCUUCUCAAGUUCGAUUCGAUUCCUAUGAAGAUGUUUUUUUCGUACCAUCUCGACCUAAAUCCCUUACUCAAGCACUUACAGUUGCUUCCGAACGAUAUUCAUUCCUCGUUGAUCAAAGAGAGAUAAUCGAUACUUACCUUAAUGGACCUCGAACACUCUCGAAUGAACGAUUGGGCUAUCUAGUUGUGAAAGCACCUUCCCCAAAUCAAAGUGAACAGGCCAAAGGGGAAUACGAAAUAAUGCUCUGUGCAACACAUUACCUGGGUGAUGGAAUGGCUUUACACAGUUUCAUGAAUGAAUUUUACAUUCUUCUGGGAUCGGAUCAUUCUGUCGAUUCAAUUUCUCAAAUGAUAAACGAUAAGUUAGGUUUGGAAAAUGUUACUAUACCUAAGAGUUUAGAGGAGAGAUUACCUCUAGUUGGAAAUGGAAGUAAAUUAGCUUCUGUCGUAGGAGCUGAAGAAUCGAAAAGAUCAGAAGCGAAAUUGAUCGGUGGUCAAUCAUUCGGUACAAACAAACAAAAAUUACCAAGAGAAACAAUCGUUCCUACUAUAUCAUACGAUAAAGAUAUUACCAAGAAGAUUCUUGGUAAUUGUAAAGCAAACGGAGUCACCAUCGCUCAUGCUGUUUUCGCUCUAUGUAAUAUCGCUUGGAGUCGAAAAACUCUUGAUAAACAAGAUCCUUGUUUGAUCUAUUCUGCUCUGAAUCUCAGACCAAACAUGUUACCGUCAACAUCCGAUGCCACUUCGGAAAGUUUCUUCCAUUUGGCAGUAGGAUAUUUCAAUAUCGUUCUACCAACUCUUUUACCUUCGAUUCCAGUCUCAGAUUUGUUUUGGCACAGAGCAAGAAUGACCAAACAACAAACUAUCAAAGCUGUCAAAUCACCAUUCGUAGUAGCUCGAAGUCGAGAAACUUCUAUUGUAAGGAAAGAGAGAGCUGUUAAAUGGGCAAAAAUAGAUGAUGAAGAAGAAGCUAAAACAAAAAUCAACGAUGGGUUUGGUUUAGGUUUAGGUAUGAAUUUACCUGAACAUCAAGAAGAAGAACAGAGACCAAAACAAACUAAAACUCCUCAAGUAUUACAACUGCCCACACCUGAAACGACACCCGUCAUCCCUCAAGUGCAAAAACAGGUAUCACAAAAAGCUUUAAUGGGUUUAUCAAUGUUAGGUAAUCUUGAUGGAAUGUACAAACACGCUUCUUUCCCUUCCAUUGAGUUGACAAGUUUGACAACUGGUUCACGACAACGAAAUGGCGGUUUACUAUUAUUCGCUUAUACUUUUGCCGGUAAACUUUGGUUCUCACUUGGAUACGAUAAAAAUGGGUUCCCAUCUGGUGUUGUUGAAGGUUUCUGGACUGAAGUGCAAGAUCUGAUUCAAGAGGUUUUGGUUUAA